CCCAAGCGGACAGUCCUUCACUCCUGUGGCUUGGCGUCGGAGACGCUGGCAGUCAUGGGCAGGGUUUCCUUCAGCGUUCGGGUCAGCUCGGUGCGGAGAGCCCGCUGCUCUUGUCCUGGGCAAUGCUACCUCUCCUGCAGAGUCCCUUCAACCACCGCCCUCCAGGCACUGAACCGGCUUGGCUGCGCGGGGGUUUCGGGGGAGACUGCAGGUGGAGCCUUCGGACCGGGCCCCUCGGGGACCAGUGGGUUCUUCCUCUCCGAGUCCAAGUUCCAGGCUCCAGGCAACUGGAAGGAUUGCUUUGGAGCCCCGCCUGCUCCAGACGUCUUGAGAGUGGACAGUAGUGUGGGCGAGGGCUGUCCUCAGAAGCUGGUGACUGCUAAUUUGCUGCGCUUCCUCCUGCUGGUGCUCAUCCCCUGCAUCUGCGCCCUCGUCGUGCUGCUGGCCAUCCUGCUGUCCUUCGUGGGAACACUAAAAAGGGUUUAUUUCAAAUCAAAUGACAGUGAACCUUUGGUCACUGAUGGCGAAGCUCGAGUGCCUGGCGUUAUCCUUGUAAAUACAGUUUAUUAUGAGGACACAGGGGUGCCCCCUGUGCCCCCCAGCCAAUCCACUCCAGCCUGGACACCUAGAGCCCCUUCUCCAGAGGACCAGAGUCACAGGAAUACAAGCACCUGCACGAACAUCACUCACAGCCAGUGUCAGAUUCUGCCCUACCACAGCACGCUGGCGCCUCUCUUGCCGAUUGUCAAAAACAUGGACCCGGAGAAGUUCCUCAAGUUCUUCACGUACCUCCAUCGCCUCAGUUGCUAUCAACACAUCCUGCUCUUUGGCUGUAGCCUCGUCUUCCCUGAGUGCGUUGUUGAUGGCGAUGACAGGCGUGGCCUUCUACCCUGUAGAUCUUUCUGUGAGGCUGCAAAAGAAGGAUGUGAAUCUGUCCUGGGAAUGGUAAACUCCUCCUGGCCAGAUUCCCUCAGAUGCUCUCAGUUUAGAGACCACACUGAGAACAACAGCAAUGUCAGCAAGGUCUGCUUCUCACUGCAGCAGGAACAUGGAAAGCAAUCGCUCUGUGGAGGGGGUGACAGCUUCCUGUGUACCACUGGGCUCUGCGUCCCCAAGAAGCUUCAGUGUAACGGCUACAAUGACUGUGAUGACUGGAGUGACGAGGCGCAUUGCAACUGCAGUGAGGACCUGUUUCACUGUGGCACAGGCAAGUGCCUCCACCACAGCCUCGUGUGUGAUGGGUAUGAUGACUGUGGGGACCUGAGUGAUGAGCAAAAUUGUGAUUGCAAUCUCACAAAAGAGCAUCGCUGUGGAGAUGGGCGCUGCAUUGCGGCUGAGUGGGUGUGUGAUGGGGACCAUGAUUGUGUGGACAAGUCUGACGAGGUCAACUGCUCUUGUCACAGCCAGGGCCUGGUGGAAUGCAGAAGUGGACAGUGCAUCCCUAGCACCUUCCAGUGUGAUGGAGACGAAGACUGUAAGGACGGGAGUGACGAGGAGAACUGCAGUGACAGUCAGACACCAUGUCCAGAAGGAGAUCGGGGAUGCCUUGACAGUUCCUGCAUCGAAUCCUGUGCUGGUAACUCUCUGUGUGACUCAGACAGCGGCCUGAGUAACUGUAGUCAAUGUGAGCCCAUCACUUUGGAACUUUGCAUGAAUUUGCCCUACAACUAUACACAUUAUCCAAAUUACCUUGGCCACAGAACUCAAAAGGAAGCGUCCAUCAGCUGGGAGUCAUCUCUCUUCCCUGCACUUGUACAAACCAACUGUUACAAAUACCUCAUGUUUUUCGCUUGCACCAUUUUGGUACCAAAGUGCGAUGUGAGUACAGGCCAACGCAUCCCGCCUUGCAGACUCCUGUGUGAACACUCUAAAGAGCGUUGUGAGUCUGUUCUGGGGAUCGUAGGCCUCCAGUGGCCUGAAGACACAGAUUGCAAUCAAUUUCCAGAGGAAAGUUCAGACAAUCAAACUUGCCUCCUGCCCAAUGAAGACGUGGAAGAAUGUUCUCCAAGUCACUUCAAGUGCCGCUCAGGACGGUGCGUUCUGGGUUCCAGACGAUGUGACGGCCAAGCUGACUGUGAUGACGACAGUGACGAAGAGAACUGUGGUUGUAAAGAGAGAGAUCUUUGGGAAUGCCCAUUCAACAAGCAGUGUCUGAAGCAUACAUUAAUCUGUGAUGGGUUUCCAGACUGUCCAGAUAGUAUGGAUGAAAAAAACUGCUCAUUUUGCCGGGACAAUGAGCUGGAAUGUACCAACCAUGAGUGUGUGCCACGUGACCUGUGGUGUGAUGGACGGGCCGACUGCUCAGACAGUUCGGAUGAAUGGGACUGUGUGACCCUCUCUAAAAAUGGGAAGUCCUCCUCAUUCCUGACUGUUCACAGAUCUGCAAGAGAACACCACGUGUGUGCUGAUGGCUGGCAGGAGACACUGAGUCAGCUGGCCUGCAGGCAGAUGGGUUUAGGAGAACCAUCUGUGACUGAGCUGAUCCACGGAGAGGAAGACCAGCAGUGGCUGAGGUUGCACUCCGGCUGGGAGACUCUCAAUAGGAGCACCUUGCAGGAGCUGCUGGUGCACAGGCAGUCCUGCCCUAGCAGAAGUAAGAUUUCCCUUCUGUGUGACAAGCAAGACUGUGGUCGCCGCCCUGCUGCCCGAAUGAACAAGAGGAUCCUUGGGGGUCGGACUAGUCGUCCCGGAAGGUGGCCGUGGCAGUGCUCUCUGCAGAGUGAACCCAGUGGACAUAUCUGUGGCUGUGUCCUCAUUGCCAGGAAGUGGGUUCUGACAGUUGCCCAUUGCUUUGAAGGGAGAGAAGACGCUGAGGUUUGGAAAGUGGUCUUUGGCAUAAACAACCUGGAUCAUCCAUCAGGCUUCACGCAGACCCGCUUUGUGAAGACCAUCCUGCUACAUCCCCGUUACAGUCGAGCGGUGGUAGACUAUGACAUCAGCGUGGUGGAGCUGAGUGACGAUAUCAUUGAGACAAGCUACGUCAGACCUGUCUGCCUACCCAGCCCAGAGGAGUUUCUAGAACCAGACACGUACUGCUACAUCACAGGCUGGGGUCACAUGGGCAACAAAAUGCCCUUUAAGCUGCAGGAGGGGGAGGUCCGCAUUAUUCCUCUGGAGCAGUGCCAGUCCUAUUUUGACAUGAAGACCAUCACCAAUAGGAUGAUAUGUGCUGGCUAUGAGUCUGGCACCGUGGACUCAUGCAUGGGAGACAGUGGUGGGCCUCUGGUUUGUGAACGACCCAGAGGACAGUGGACAUUGUUCGGUUUAACUUCAUGGGGCUCCGUCUGCUUUUCCAAAGUUCUGGGACCCGGAGUGUACAGCAAUGUGUCUUACUUUGUUGACUGGAUAGAAAGACAAAUAUAUAUUCAGACCUUUCUCCAAAAGAAAUCCCAAGGAUAAUCAGAGACUUUGCAGGAAAUCUAGAAGAAUGGCCCUCUUGAACGGGAAGCGUGUUCUGUCAAGAGCUGUACGAACAGGCGUUUGUUUCACGGACAGGACACUGAGCGUGCACUGCAAGACCUCUCCUGUUUGUGCUAGAUGAAUUUUACUCAGGCUUUCAUCUUAUUCAACGUUAUCAUUCAUUAAUUUCAUGAAUUCUUUUUAAAGCACAGAGCAAAGUAUGUUUUGUUCUUUUGCUAGGCUAACCUUGAAUGUAGUAUGGAAUUUUAGACCCAUAGAGACAACCUUUGGAGCUCUAUGGUAACAAGUUAUAGAAAGCUCCUUUUAUUACUAUUACAAAACACACGGAGAUACACGCUGACUGAUCUCCAGUUUCUGCACAAGCACAGCGGCUUAGGGGGCACAUUUCAGAAUUGAUCUUAGAGACUGGCUUUUAAUUUAUAAAAAAGCCAAGAUAAUAUACAUGCAUUUAUUAUUUACUAUACUCUUCUAAAUGAUUUGAAGAAAUUAUGAAAGACAGAGAAAAGACCCAGAGUGUUGAUCUAGACAGUUGAAGUUGCAAGAAUGUAAAAUUCUCUAGCCAACAAAACUAACAGUGAGAAGUAAGUAUAAUUCUAUCCUUUCUGUAUUCAAAUUAAGAUUGUAAUUUAAUAGAAAAUCUCCAUAGGACUUGUCCUGUUACUGGGGAUUUUUGAUGUAUGUCACUUGGAUGACUGUGGAUGUCAACAACCAGGUCAAUCCUUGAGGAAAUAAUUUGUUUGCCUAUCUGGGAAUGAAUGAGAACCUUUUCCAUUUUGUAAAACACACAAGUUAAAAAGGAGAAAAAAAUUAAAUGGUAUCCCACUCUCUAUUAAAUUGGGAAGUUAAUCUGCUUGUGUUCACCCAAACCAGAAAAGUUCAGAAUGGCUAUAUUUCAAAAUGUAGCCAAAUGUUGCAUGGAGUAUAACAUUUUGCAAUUUCUCCCUUAUGAUGUCUAACAUCUGGUGUUGCCAUUUUGCCUCAUUGAUAAUUAAAACUAAAUUUUAAAGAUGCUUUUAAGCACUGGACCACUUUAUGGGAAUCAAUUUCCAAAGCAAUUAGUGGUUAAAAAUAUUUUUCUCCACUAAAAAGCUUCAAAACACAAAGGUUCAUAUAGCCCUAACUUAAUUAGCCAGACAUCAACGAUGUAACAUCCAAAUGCCUUUUUGAACAAGUAGGCUGCACUGCUAAACUUCACCAGCAACCAAACUGCCUCAGUAUUCCAAACAGGGACUACCUGCAAUUUUAUAUGUGUAUUUUAUACUCUUUUUCUAGAUAGUUCAAAUGCAAACAUUGUUUCAAUCCUUAUUCUCCAUGUUAUUCACUUCUUGUCCAGGAACUUGUUACAAAGAGUGUGUAGCAAAGGGUUGUACUGUGGUCAUGACUGUAUGAAGGCUUAAGCCCAUUGGUCGGUUUUGUUAUAAUUGUUGGCACAUAACUAAUAAAAUAUUUUUUAGCAUUGGU